UUUCGAGCUUUUUCUACCCCCAGUGUGGAGUUGAAGCCGUCCCCGCGCCUCGCAUAGACACUCUGCAUAUCACAGGAUUUGGUCUCUCCUCUCCUCUCUCUUGUGCGGAGCUGCUGCAGGACUGGCUAUGGCCACCGCUACUUCCGGGAUCCGUCAUUUCAUUCGCCCACCGCUCAGCGCUGAGAACUGACUCUGUUUCUAUAAGCAAGCCAGCAGCCAACCUGCCAACACUCGCUGACACUCACUCAUCUCAGUCUCGCCAAGAUAGACGAAAUACCUACGGGGGGAAAGAAAAGGAGAGAUCCGAAUCGCGCUCUAAUAAUUUCUACACCUUUAUGUCCCCUCUUCUUCUUUUUCUUGUUCUUUUUUUGCAGUGAUAAAACAAGAUAGCGAUCUGGAGGCAUUAAAGGAGACGCGGACUUGCGGGAUGAAAACGGACUAAAAAACAUUCGUCCUUCUCUUGAACAUCAUCACCAACCGUCAUUCAUUCAUUACCUUGACAACCUCUGGCUUUGAUUGACAGCUGGAGUGGCAAAAAGCCAUGAGACACGACAGUUUAGUUACAUGCAGGUUGUUGAUGGGCCGAUUGUAAACCUUCACUUUGGCGCAUUUUUUCUUUUCUUUUUCUUUUUUUUCCGAGGAAAGAAGGAAAACAAGACAAAAUUGCUGCAAAAACUUCCCGAUGCGACGGUUUGAACUGAACCACACUGGCGAAUAGGAGAAUUCGCAAAAAAAGUUGGUUGAAAGAGGGGAAUCUUGCCACUAAAUCACUUUCCGAUCUGGGAUAUUAAACAUAUACGGACAGAUUCGGGAGUUUAUUGGAGCGCAGCCUGAUGGCGCAAAGGUACGAUGAGCUUGCCCAUUAUGGUGGGAUGGACGGAGUCCCGGCGUCCAUGUACGGGGACCCGCAUGCGCCUCGGCCGCUUCCCCAGGUCCACCACCUGAACCACGGACCGCCGCUGCACGCCAGCCAGCACUACGGAGCCCACGCUCCUCACCCGAACGUUAUGCCCACCAGCAUGGGCUCUGCUGUCAACGACGUUUUAAAGAGGGACAAAGAUCAAAUUUACGGUCACCCUUUAUUCCCGCUGCUCGCCCUCGUCUUUGAGAAGUGCGAGCUGGCGACGUGUACUCCGAGGGAGCCCGGCGUAGCAGGCGGCGACGUCUGCUCCUCAGACUCCUUCAACGAGGACAUCGCAGUCUUUGCCAAACAGGUCCGAGCAGAAAAGCCUUUAUUUUCAUCAAAUCCAGAGUUGGAUAAUUUGAUGAUACAAGCCAUACAAGUAUUACGGUUUCACCUCUUGGAGCUAGAAAAGGUGCAUGAGCUGUGCGACAAUUUUUGCCACCGGUACAUCAGCUGUUUGAAAGGAAAAAUGCCAAUAGAUCUAGUUAUUGAUGAGCGAGAUGGCAGCUCGAAGUCAGAUCACGAAGAACUUUCGGGAUCGUCGACUAACCUUGCAGAUCACAACCCAACUUCCUGGAGAGACCACGAUGACGCCACCUCCACACAUUCAGCUGGCACACCAGGGCCCUCCAGCGGGGGACACGCUUCACAGAGCGGCGACAACAGCAGCGAGCAAGGAGAUGGCUUAGACAACAGUGUUGCAUCGCCUGGCACGGGGGACGACGAUGAUCCAGACAAGGAUAAGAAGAGGCAGAAAAAGCGUGGCAUUUUCCCCAAGGUGGCCACAAACAUCAUGAGGGCAUGGCUGUUCCAGCACCUCACGCACCCGUACCCCUCUGAAGAGCAGAAGAAGCAGCUAGCCCAAGACACAGGCCUCACCAUCUUACAAGUAAACAACUGGUUUAUUAACGCCAGAAGAAGAAUAGUACAACCCAUGAUUGACCAGUCAAAUCGAGCAGUGAGCCAAGGAGCAGCAUACAGUCCAGAGGGCCAGCCAAUGGGCAGCUUCGUACUGGAUGGUCAGCAACACAUGGGGAUCCGACCAGCUGGGCCUAUGAGUGGAAUGGGGAUGAAUAUGGGCAUGGAUGGGCAAUGGCACUACAUGUAACCUCCAUCUUGUAACGCAAAGAAAAAGGGGGAAGUCUGCCAGUCAUGCCAGGGGAGUAUGUACCUCAGAGCAGUCCUAUGGGCAUGAGCAUGGGCCCACCCAUCUACUCCAACCCUCAUCAGAUGCCUUCUCAUCCCUCGCAGCUCAGACACGGACCACCACCUCAUCAUGC